CGGGGCCGCGGCGCGCUCGGCGCUUGCUCCCUGGCUGGCGCUCCUCAGUCGGCCGCUGCCUGCCUGUCGCCGGGCUGGGAGAGCCCGUGUGUGUGAGUGACGCGGCGGAGGUGUAGUUUGACGCGGUGUGUUACGUGGGGGAGAGAAUAAAACUGCGGCGAGAUCCGAGGCGCGAACGAAAGCAGUGACGGAGCCGCGCGGAGCCGGGAGGUGAAGAAAGUGAGACAGAAGUUUCAGAGGCCUGGAACAUAUCUGUAUGGGGGAAAUAGCUGUUCCUUUCCCAGAUACCAAGAAUAAAGUGAAAAGAGAGAAAAUGAAAUGGAAUCAUCAUCCUCUUGAGUAGCCAGACCCACCUUUGGAUGCAAGGCAACAAUCUUAAACGAUUAUGAUCCUCAUUGACAGGCUUCAAGUGGAUGCUUAUAGGUGAAAACUUUAUUCUGUGUAACUAAAUGACCAUGGAAUCUGGUGCAGAGAACCAACAAAGUGGAGAUGCAGCCGUUACGGAGGCAGAAACCCAACAGAUGACCGUACAGGCACAGCCACAGAUUGCAACUUUAGCCCAGGUAUCUAUGCCAGCAGCUCAUGCAACAUCAUCUGCUCCCACUGUUACAUUAGUACAGUUGCCUAAUGGGCAGACAGUUCAGGUCCAUGGAGUUAUUCAGGCAGCCCAGCCAUCAGUUAUUCAGUCUCCACAGGUCCAAACGGUUCAAAUCUCCACUAUUGCAGAAAGUGAAGAUUCACAGGAGUCAGUAGACAGUGUCACAGACUCUCAGAAACGCAGAGAGAUCCUUUCCAGGCGACCCUCCUACAGAAAAAUUUUGAAUGACUUGUCCUCAGACGCCCCAGGAGUGCCAAGAAUUGAAGAAGAAAAGUCAGAAGAGGAAACAUCAGCACCUGCCAUCACCACUGUGACGGUGCCAACUCCCAUUUACCAAACCAGCAGUGGGCAGUACAUUGCCAUCACCCAAGGAGGAGCCAUACAGCUAGCCAACAAUGGUACAGAUGGAGUACAAGGCCUCCAGACAUUGACCAUGACCAAUGCAGCUGCAACCCAGCCUGGCACCACCAUUUUACAGUAUGCACAGACUACUGACGGACAGCAGAUUCUUGUACCCAGCAACCAAGUUGUUGUACAAGCUGCCUCAGGAGAUGUGCAGACCUAUCAGAUUCGCACAGCACCCACCAGCACCAUUGCACCUGGUGUGGUCAUGGCAUCAUCUCCAGCACUGCCUACCCAGCCAGCAGAGGAAGCUGCACGAAAGAGAGAAGUGCGCUUAAUGAAAAACAGGGAGGCAGCACGUGAGUGUCGCAGGAAGAAAAAGGAAUAUGUGAAAUGUCUAGAAAACCGAGUUGCUGUGCUUGAAAACCAAAACAAGACAUUAAUUGAGGAGCUAAAAGCACUUAAAGACCUAUACUGCCACAAAUCAGAUUAAUUUUGGAUUCCCAUUUUCAUUUGUCAAGGUGGGAUAGAGACUAGUUUUGGCCACAACCAGAAAGACAAAGUAAACUUUUUAUUUUCUAAACAUUUCUUUUUUUCUAUGCGCAAAACUGCCUGAAAGCAACUACAGAAUUUAAUUCGUGUGUGCUUUGCAUUAAACUGUGAAUGUUCAAACACUUGCCUCCACUUCUCCCCCAUCACCAAGUCUCCUGAGCAUGAUGAAGAAGAGAAGACUUCUUACUCAUCUUCCCAUCCUCUUCAAGGAGUAAUGUUCAUUUUGUGAAGUUUUGCUGUGUGGGAGGGUUCUUUUAUAAUGAUUUCAGGAAUCUGUGCUGAGCUUUUUUGAUUGCCUUAGGGACACAGUCACCCCAGCCUCUUGGCCUGAAGUACUUUGUAGGCUACAUAUAUAGAAUAGUCCUGGUGCAGUGAAGAAGCAAUGGUUGCCAAAUUGAUGCGUGGUUUCACAUACUCAUUAUAACAGUAAAGAUAUAUGGCUGAGUGACAUGCCAAACAAAGGGAGCUCCACAAACAGAUUCUUUAUAUGGAGACAUGGGAGGGAAACUUCUUAAUAAAACAAGCCCAGGAGGCUUUUUGGUGUUUAAUCUGUACUCUGUCCACCCCUCCUGGAUUGAUAAAACUUCUCCAUACCUCAGAAACAAAUGCAUUAUGGCACCAAUUUUGGUCAGCUAUUGCUUCUUGAAGCAAUUAUGUGUAUUCAGUAUUCUGAACACAUGAAAAGAAAUCACCAACUGAAUGAAACAUAGUAAUAUUUGGAUGAGAAAUGAACUCGGAGUAAACAAAGGUACAGUAGCAGACAGCUUUUGUUUAGAAGAUAAUUUCAUGUCAACAAGAGUAAUGCAUUAAAACACUACUUGUUUUUAUGCAACCUGAACAGUUGAAGUAUAGCCAACUCCAUGUACAAAUUAAUUUAUGAAAAUGAAAUUUCUUGAUGGUAUCCCCCAUUCUUUCAAACAGUUUGGUUAUCUGUAUUACUUCACAUGAUCAUUGGUUUUCUAAAUUCUUUUUCAAAACUUGAGGCCCCUCUGUAUACUGAAAUUCAUAUUUUGGAGUGAUAUCUCGAUAUCCAGAAGGAUCUUGAACAUUGAGGAGGACUGUAAACAUGAGUAAAUAUUCCCCACUAAAACCCACUCUUCAUGGAGCAGUGCAAAAGCUGUUUGAGGAAAAUAGCAAUUAUUAAUUUGCCCCUAUUAGGGUUAAAUUACAUAAUUUAUUCAUUGUGUUGGUAUUAAUAUAAAGGGUUGAACUGAGCAAAAGCUUCACACACGUGAAGAAUUUUACUCUCAUUUCAAACAAUCAGGCUCUUUUGUGUGCACUGAAGGAACAGCUGUCUUUUCCCAGAAAUACAUUUCAAGAAACAGUAGAGAGUAUCAAGUUCAAAAGAGCGAAUGCUGUAUUCAACGUUCGUAUAUCCAUUAUGUGUCAAAAACAAUCAUGUUCAGUUUAGUUUAUUGGUCCUUUAAAGCCAGACUGAUAUGUUAACUUGGUCAUUUGCACUAAGUUUGCUUUGAGCCUUAGGUCCUGGUUACUAUUUCAACCUGUCUGCAUAUAGACAUGCAUACAAAGUCUUGGGUCUGUACAAAUACUGACCUUUCCAAAUAUUAGCUAUAUCAUAUAUUUUCCAUUCCUUAAACCUGUUUUAAGAUAAAUUUUCCAAUUUGAACUUAUUUUAAAGAGUUAUAGUCAGUGUGAUAUUAUAAUGAAAAACUAUUGGGAGGAUUAAAAGUAACUGAGUCAAAUAACUCUAGCAGUAUUAAAGGUUCUGGUUUCCUCAUUUGGGAGGGUGCAGUUUCCAAGAGACUUAAGAAUGAGCAAGGUUAAAAUCAGAGCAUUAUAAUUUAAUUUAGGGUUGUUGAUAACUUUGGGUCCAGUUUUGUUUGUAUGCAAACGAAACAAAAAUGGAACAAAACUUGGAUGAGUUUUCGAGUCUGAGUAAUUUUUAUACAUGGUCUAUUUUUAUCUGCCAUAAAGAAUUGAUUAUUCUUUAUUUUUUUUAUGUAACCAGUUGCAAAUUUAUUAAUUUAGCGAUCAAACCUAAAGAAAGCCCUAAAAGUCUUAAAUAUGCUUUUAUAAGAACCAGCAGAAUCUUAAUUCAAAAUAUAUAUGUUAUAAUGAAUUAAUGUCUGACUGUAGACAAAUGGCUUACCUAAUGCAUGGUAUUUUUUCAGAAUUAGUGCUACAAGCAGAAGCCUUUAUGAUAUUGCAGGAGUGAUCUCUGUAAUGCUGAGCUAAUUUAUUUCCUCGUUUAAGCAAUUAAGUGUAAUGGCCCCUCCAGCUUUGAGAAAUUAAAUAAUGCUGGAUGUGCCCUACAUGAAGCAGACCAUUUCUAACUAUAGAUCCAAUUAUUUGCAAAAACAGGUUUUGUGAUGAACCUGCAUGAAAUUAGUAGACUAUUUCAGAUUUGUUCCUUGUAGAUAAUUGGCACUAAUUAGUACCCUUGCUGAUAGUCUCUUAGCAAAGCACCCAAGAACUAAAUGAUCUGUGGAAACUGAGCUGCUAGCCCCAGAUGUGCUUCUUUAGGGCAGUGUUGAAAUGCUCAUGAGGCAAAGUAGAAAGCUCCUGUUGCCAUUGUCCAUGUUGUAAAUGUUGUUUGAAUACAGCUGUUAAGGUUAUCACUAUAGAACCUAUCAGCAUUCAAGUCACACUGAAAAGAAUCUCAUUUUAAAGUAUACAAACAUUUGCAAGACUCCUUAUUUUUAUUCAUGCAGCACUGAGGAUUUAGGGACUUGGAUUUGGUUCAUAGAAAUUUAAAAAACAGACGAACAAUAAAAUACAUAUUAUUAUUUUAGACCAAGUACAAGGCUGGCUGAAUUUACCUGUAUGCUUUACAUUCAUGUUGGCCAAAAAGGGAAAGACAAAUACAAUCCAGGAAUCCUUUCAUAUGUCAUUAACACACCAACUAGCAAACAGUAAUGUUGGGGUAGUCAGCUUUUUAUGAAUAAGGGUUAAUUGGCUGUAGGUCAGAAAUUCUGCUGAAAGUAAAUGGAGGACUUAGUUUUAUAUCUCAUAGUUCUAAGUUUUCAAGAGUUGAUAGAUUGGUUUAAAGUGAGGGUUAGAAAGGGCUAGACCCAUUAUGUUCAUAAUAACCAAGAAUUGGUUUCAAAUAUAAUUUUUGUAAUAUCAUUUUUUUGCAAAACAAAAGCACCAAGCUGGCAGUUAAGAUAUUGUCGGAGGUGCUCUCUUAAUUUAGAUAUUCUUGGAAAAUAAUACAUAUGUAUAAUAUAUGUACAUAUAUAUAUAUAUAUAUAUAUAUAUACACACACACAGUAUAUAAUCUACAGCUCUGAGAGCUUUUAAGUCAGGAAUGCUGAGUAUUAUAGUAUUGAGGUCAGAAAAAAUUUUUACUUUUGUGUGUGUGCGCGUGUGUGUGUGUGUGUGCGUGCGUGCAUAUGCGCGCUUACAUUUUUCAGUAGUUUUGGGCUGCGUUAUUCUGGCGCUGAUUUUUUAAUUUUGUUUUGUGCUUUUGUUCAGUUAUCCAUUUUCUAGAAUUUUACUUCAUCCUUCAUGGCUCUUGUGUUUUUCAUAGAUGAAGAUUUUGAAUUAUGUAAGCAAAUGUUUAAAAAUCACCGCCCCUCAAAAUUACUCAUUUUUGUGCUUUGUCUUUUUGGCAGCUAUAUAAUAAAGGCAAAAGCAAAUGGAAGGGUUUUUAAAGGAACCACUGGUAAGAUUUCUUUUCCUUCUGGGUAGAGCCUAUGCAUUUUUAUUCAAUCAGUGAUUUCACCAGAUAUUGACAGUGGCCAAGCAGCAUUGCUAGUAUCUGAAAGCACAAUUUCAGUCAGUCAUGCUCUUCAGGACAAAGUCAUCUGUAGAGUUCUGGCUGUUCUGUCAUUUGUUUUUGCAUCUCAGACCUACUGUCUUUUCUGGUUCUCUGUGUGGACCAGAAAGUUGGUGGGGUGUUUGGAACCCUACAAAGGCUCAGGAAUAAAAAAAAUGUUUGAUUUAACAAGGAAAAACAGCUCUGUAUGUAAUAUUUCUGAUGUAAAUUUAUACUAUAGUUUUUAAUCUGGGCUUCCAUUAGACAGACAGCAGCUGCAGGCAGUCAUCUGUUAAUUACAACUGAUAUCUGCUUAUUUUUAAUUUUUAAACAUUGGUAGCCAGUACGAUUAGCAGGUUAAAGCAAAGACAAGUCUACACUUUGAAGUGAGUUCAUUAUCAGUGGUUGCAAUUGUAUGGCAGUUCAUAGAAGGGUUUCAGUGAAUUUGAGGCCCUGUUAUUGACAUUUUUUGCCCUGAAAACAGGUUGCAACAUAACAUCCACCCAUGACUUAACAAAAAGGUUGUGUAUUUAUUUUUGUUACAUGAUAUCCUUUGUAAAUGUGUGAUAAAAUAUGCACUUUUAGAAACAAAACUACAAAAAAAAUGAGAUCUUGAUGUUAGUUUUGUUUGAGAAGCUCCCUGGCAUGGUCAUUACAGACAGCUAUACAUGUGUCUCCGUUCUCUCCAAAAAUCAGUUGAUAUUUUCAUGAGUUAACUUUCAGGAUGAAGCCCAUCAGUACCUGACUUUCAGCAGGUACUUCUUCAGAAUGGAAUGGGAUCUGAACUGGCAGUACCGAAGUGUUAGAGAUCAGAGUGUAGUAUCUCUCAGCAAUAUGAAUGUUGAAUUAUUCUAAGACAGAACUAGUUUAGAGAUCUCAAAUGAGAAAGGGGAAUUAAUUUGGAAUAGAAAUAACACAUUUUCAAUCACUUUACUCCCCUUUCCCUUAUUUGAGAGCUAGCUACGUAUUGCAGGAGCUGCAGCCCAAGAAAAUACAACCAAUAGGAUUUACAAGCUCUUGGUACUAGGAACAUGAGUUGCAUUUAGUGAUGAUAUCUUGUCUAUUAAGGUAAAAAAAAAUAAUUAAAAACUAGAAUGAACUCUUUUGCAGGGGCAAUGAGGGGAGUUGAUGGCUUUCUUUUAAGGAAAGCAAACUUUUUAACUGCACAGUAAAUUCAAUUUAUGACUGUGGGUGGGGACUGGUUUCCUUAAUUUUCUGAAUUUACUAGAAAGAAAAGAGACUGAUCCUAGAAGAACCUGAACGUCAUGAAGCUGAAUAAUUUUGGCAGGUUAAACCAAGGACAAGUUUACACUUUGUAGUGAUAUGAAAUAAUACUAUGUUGAGAGGGUAGUGUCUUUACUUGUGAUUGGUUCAGCUGUGAUGGUUUUAUCACAAUCUUUGUGUCUUUGGAGAAGAGGGACCAGAUUCAGUUUGUUAAAGAGGUUUGUAUUUCGGGUGUUUUACCUUGGAAUGUGUUUUUAAUGUAUUAAUGUAUAGCCUGUUAAGAGGGCUGAGCCCAUAAAUGUGUGUAGCACAAAUUAAAGACACUGAUCUGUCUGCAUUCUGGUACUGCAAGUGCAGGUCCCAGCUAGAGUUUUUUGGCUCACUGUGUAAGAUAGUAAUUUUAGAUCUCAUUUUCACCAGCAAAAAGUGGGGGGGAGUCAACUCUCCUCAGGAGGCUUACAUUGGGCAGGGAUGGGAGUGGGAGUAGGGGGCAAAAUGAUCCAAGGUUGGCAUACUUUAACAUAAGCUGACUAUUUACUGGACCUGGAGCAUUCAGUUCAUUGAGUCUCAGCCCUCACUCAUGUCAGAUUUCUCUAAAUGAGAGAGAAUUGGAGAUAGAAAUGAAAAAGCAGGGAGAGGGACACAACAACAAAUAGGCAUCGUGCCAGUUGGCCAUCUGGAAAUGGCCAGUUAAGACCUGGGAAUGGUAGGAUAUUCUCCACAAGCUGCGUUUGAUCCAGGUGCCACUCCAUUUUGUGUGUGUGAUGAAAUUAUUUAUAUUUAAAUAUAAAAAGAAAUAAAACUAUAGAACUGCAAAUUUGUAUGAAAUUUGACGCUCUACUGCUUAUAUGGACUUUUGUGGGGUGGGGAGGGGAAGGGGCAGAGAGAGGUGCUAAUUAGAAACUGUCCCCCCUCCAUCCCUCAAGAACAAACUUGUCCACAUAUCAGAUGUUAAUGUCUAAAAUAAAUGAUUUCUAGUCCAGAUUUAUAAUUUGAAACUUUUUUAGAAAAAUGUUUUUCAGGGAAGUUUCUAGAGUGAAGGUUGUUGUUCAUUAUUAUUUUUAAUUUAAGAAUGAAAAUGUAAAGCUCACCUCAUCCCCAUUUUUGAUUCUUCACCCAAAACUAUCAGCACAAAACAAGGUAUUCAAAAUUAACUUCAACAUUUCUCUGGGAGUUAAAACUACUAAAUAAAGAAAACUUGAUGGGGGAAAUAAGUUCUAUUACCAUUUCCUACAUUCUAGAAACAUCCCUGUUUUAUUUUUAUUUUUUUUACUUAAUCUUUUUGUGCUUUAUCUGUGUUUAAAAACUAUUGUACUGAGUUAUAAUGCAUUUUAUUAACACUAUGUACAUAUUAGCCGCUUUGUGUUUCAGAAUGGUAGUAAUUGCUUUGUAUAUUAAAGUGAUCCUUGUGAAUUUGUGAAUUAUUGUCAUAAAGAAGUGCUUUUUUCUUACUGUAACCUUUUGUGUAUAAACUGUCAUAAUGCCCUUUUUACACAAACAUUUAUGUGCAGUCACAUAAACAUGCUUUUAAAAACUUAA